GGGAAUCCCCCCUAAUGGACCUCUUGGUGAAAAACAUAAACUGGUUGAUCUCUCUCACUCUCACUCAUUCAGUCCGCGGCUUUCCGACGGAACACAACCCAGAGAACACGACUUAAAGUGGGAAACUAGUUCGCACCAUGGACGUUUUAAUGCCCUCCAUUCUAGAGGGUGAUCCACACCUCAUGGCUGAGCCAACAGUCCAGAUCUUUGAGCAACCCAAGCAGAGGGGGAUGCGCUUCCGGUACAAAUGUGAGGGUCGCUCUGCCGGAAGCAUCCCUGGUGAAAAGAGCUCCGACAACAACAGGACUUACCCCAGCCUGCAGAUCCUGAACUACUGCGGUAAGGGGAAGGUCCGCGUCUACCUGGUGACGAAGAACGAGCCGUACCGUCCGCAUCCGCACGACCUGGUGGGGAAGGACUGCAAAGACGGGUUCUACGAGGCCGAGUUCGGCCCCGACCGCAGAGUGAUAGCUUUCCAGAAUCUGGGCAUCCAGUGCGUGAGGAGAAGGGAAGUAAAGGACGCCAUCCUUCAGAGGAUCACCAGAGGGAUCAACCCCUUCAACGUGCCCAAAGAGCAGCUGAUGCAGACGGAGGAGUACGACCUGAACGUCGUCCGCCUGUGCAUCCAAGUUUUCCUGCAGGACGAAACCGGCCACUGCACCCGAAGACUCAACCCCAUCGUCACCAACCCCAUCUACGACAACAGAGCCCCAAACACAGCUGAGCUGAGGAUUUGUCGGGUCAACAGGAACAGUGGAAGUGUUAAAGGAGGUGACGAGAUCUUCCUCCUGUGUGACAAAGUACAAAAAGAUGACAUCGAGGUGAGAUUUUUCUCCGCCAACGGAUGGGAGGCCAGAGGUUCUUUUUCCCAAGCCGACGUUCAUCGUCAAGUGGCGAUCGUGUUCAAGACGCCGCCGUACUACCACACCAACAUUACCGAGUCGGUCACCGUGCACAUGCAGCUGCGCCGACCCUCCGACCAGGAAGUCAGCGAACCGAUGGAUUUCAGAUAUCUGCCCGAAAACAAAGACCCCUACGGCUACAAUGAGAAAAAACGCAAAAUAGAGGAUUUGUUUAAGAGAUCGGGACUCACAGGUAGUUCUUUCACUGGUCUUCAAAUGGGCCGGCCAAAGGCUGUGCCUCACAGCCCAAUGGCUCACAUUAGGAAAGACCACGGUGCCAUGUACCACGGUGCCAUGAGGCAGACCGCGCCGCCCAUGACCCAGCAGACUCCAGUAUUUAACCCGUCCUACCAGCCGCCAGCCCAGGCCUCCGGCGCCAUGAUGACGUCACAGGCUCAUAACGUACAGCUCAGUAAUCCGUGGGUCAAUCCGGCCUCCCCCAUGAUGGAAACAGUCACCAUUAACCCAUCGGUAUCCAUUGGCAACCACCCAAACAGCAGCAGGCAGCACCAGCCUUGUCGUGGAACUGGUUACCAGCACAAACUGGACCCGGGCAGCUGUGAGAACAACGCCCUCCCUCAGCUCUCCGCGCGGGAUCUGCAGUGUUUGGACACGGUCGUUCCGGGGAAUAUGAUGAACCCGUCCGAAUCCCAGCUGCUGUUCCAACAGCAGCAGCAUCAAAGAGACGAUCUGAACUCUGAGUCCCAGAACCAAAUGGCCAACCAGAGUCAAGCUCUCCAGAACAUGUGGCAAGGCUUCGGUACCGUCCCACAAGCCCACAACAACACCAGCAGCUAUAACGGGUCAGUACCGGCAGACGGGUCCCAGGCCCAGGGCUCCUUCCCCUUCCUAGAGGGAAUGACGAGUGAGGAUUUCCUGAAGGGUCUUGUUGGAGGGCCUGUCUUCCAGUGUAAGCAGGAGCCUCAGGUUUCUGUCGGACAAGAUGGCGGCAGCCCUCUGAUGCAAUCCCAAAGAGAGAGCCUGGGAAAUACCUACACCAACCUGCUGCCUCGCCCCAUGAGCAACGGCGCCAACGUGGAUCCGAGGCGGCAAGACGUCGGCGGCGUCACCCAGCCUCUCGCGAACCUCCCUUUCGGGAUGGUGCCGGAGGGCCGCUACGCAAAUCUGGCCGACUGGAUCAAAUCCUCUUCGCAGAGUAAAUAAGUAAAAACGAAACGAUUGGUUUUUAUCAGGAGAAUCUGUUUAGCUUUGCAAAGCCGGUUUGCACCGCCCCAUGAGGCUCGCCUGGCGUCGGCCUGGGUUGGCACUCAACCGGCUUCAGCAGCCAGUUGGAUCCGUUUGGAAACGGUACAAUUUAUCGUUUUAAAAGAGCUUUCCAGCCAAAAAAAUACCUUUUUUUUAACUGAAUCAAGUAAGACAUCUUGAUUCAUGAUUUAACUUUUGAUAAUUAGCAAUGCUUGAAGAGAUGCAGAAAGCGUCUAUGCAGCUUGCCGUAGGUAACUGGAACUGAAACUGGUCAGUUUAAGUUGGCUAACGUGGCUUUAGCUGUUUUCUAUAAGGACAAACCAUUCUUUAGACUGGUACUGGUGAGUUUAUAACAGCUGGAUAACGUCUUCCAGGACAAAGUUAAAAUAUUCGAAGAAGUGAAUGUACUUUCUUUUUCUUCAUUACGCAAAGUUGAAUUCACUGUCAGCAUAUCGAGUACUGAAUGUUAUAAGAUUUAGUCUGUCAAAAACACAGAAAUAUGUAUAUAUAAACAGCAUAAUUUCACGUUUAAUUUCUUUGGAUGUUACUGAAAGUACUUCACUGCUUCUUGUUUCGAUGUUUUGUUGCAGAGCAUUGCUGUUAGGUGCACUCUGUGCAUGCACGUUAGCCAUAGUUGAGAGUAAAAGCAGUAAUCGUGCUUAAACACUCAAGAACUGGCAAGGUACUGAAAUUUCCAUUGAGGAAGUCGAGGAAGGCACAUUGAGUGGUGUCUCCUCUGUAAUGACUAUGUCAUGUCAGUGAUUGCUUGUGUUAUCCAGAGUUCUCAGAGCAUUUCUAACAUAUGUUUUGUACUUUCAAAUGCCUUUUGUAAGAUUUAUUGUUUUGGUUAUUUAGCUGAUUGUUUCCUUAAUUGGAUAUGAUUAUGGACCAACACUGGCACUGGUCAGCGUUUAUAUUUUCUUACUUGUUGCCUUACAGGGUUUUUGGGGCUUAAGGACGUGUCUGUUUUGAUUAAUAUUGUACAAGAUUUGAUAAUUAACUGAUUUGUGUUUUUUCUUUUUGUUUUGUAAAAUUUUUAUUUCCUAAUAAAUAAUAAAUUGGUCUUUUCUA